AUGGAUAGUCGAGUGCCACUGCCACCCGAGCCGCUAAAGCCGGAGGAAUCCCAGUGCUGCGGCCAAGGUUGUCAGUUUUGUGUCCUUGAUAUUUACCAGCAGGAGUUAUUAAUUUGGCAAAAAAAGUGUGAGGAACUCAAAAACUGCCAAUUUGAGCAAAACAACAAAAUGAGUCCAGAAACUUAUGUCAGUUGUGUUGUUGAACGCGUCGAAAAAUUGUGCUCAGCUGUGUUUUUGUUCCACUUUAAGCUUCCGGAAAACAACUGUAUAAAGUACACGGCCGGCCAACAUGUGAUAGCGCGCGAGUUCACCGGCAAUUCAACUAUAUGCAGGCCAUACACCAUCAUCAGCUCACCUGGACUAGUGACCACAUUUUCUAUUUUGAUUAAAUUGUAUGAUGGCGGAAUGAUGUCCAACAUCAUCAGGAAGAAAUGGUUGGCGGGAUAUGCGGUUGAUUGGCGAGGGCCGAUUGGCGAAUAUAAUUAUCAGCCGAACAGCUAUCGUAACAUACUUUUGAUUGCGGCUGGAACCGGAAUAACCCCAAUAUAUCAAAUGGCAAGAAUGAUAGUUGAUAAUCCUGAAGAUGAGACGCGGGUUUUGCUUCUUUAUAGCUGCAAGACGUAUUCGGACAUAAUUUUACGCGACAAACUUCAUCAGCUGCAAGAUUAUUGGAACUUUAAAGUUCGUUAUUUUCUCAGUGACGACUUGAAACAGGAGGUGGAAGCCAUUAGAAGAUAUAAUGAGGACAUUAACUAUCAUCGAAUAAACGAAGACGUAGUGAACAAUGAGCUGAAAUUUCUCCCACAUGACAAUUUACGGGUGUACCUAUGUGGACCGAAGUCAUUUGAAAAAAAUAUUAGCGACAAUUUGACCAAAAUUGGUAUUGUAAAAAGUUCCAUCCUCACUUUUUCUUGAAUACAAUUUCUGCUGUA